AUGGCCAUCCCCUGCUGCCAGCCAUCCGGAAUGGGCAGCUUCGAUAUGGCUCUGGCCCAGAAGCCGGAGAUGCCGUAUGGCCUGGGGCUUUCAUGUAGACCAGCUCCAAGAGAAGGACCUCCAGUGAGUCCAUUGACGGCCCAGGUGUGCUGGGUCCAGGGCCAGGCUGUGCCUGCUGGUCCUCCUUCUGCCGAUCCACCCUGCGGAACCCACUUCCCCCAGGCCAUCCCUGCCGCCCUCGCCCCAGAAGCCAGAAAGUUCUCCUCUGGAUCUGCAGUAUUCCGUACCAUCCACCUGGCCUGCCUAAUAAAAUCAGCAAAGCAUCCCAUUCAUUUCUGCCAGAUCAUGUUGUUCUUUCGGAGUAACCUGUACUUCCAGAAUAAAGUGAUUACCAAGGAAUAUCUCGUGAACAUCACGGAAUACAGGGCUUCUCAUUCCACUCCAAUUCAGUGGUGCCAGGAUUAUGAAGUUGAGGCCUAUCGCCGCAGACACAACAGCAGCGGUCUUAACUUCUUCAACUGGUUUUCUGACCACAACUUCGCCGGAUCCAGUAGGAUUGCUGAGAUCCUAUAUGAGGACCUGUGGCGCAAUCCCCUGCAAUACUACAGGAGGAUGAAGCCACCUGAAGAGGGAACAGAGAUUUCAGGGGACUUCCAGAUUUUUAGUUGAAUAUGAUGGAGCAUCAGACUUUACCGAACACAGCAGAACUCCUAAAAAGUUACUACAGUAUGCAGGAAGUGAGUACUCAGCAUGCCCUUAUGCACAGGAACUAAAAGAAAAAUAGGUCCGGUCACAAAAAAUGCAGACAGGAAGAGGGGGUAAAAUUGGAUUGUAUGGAAUGAAAAAUGAAAGGUAUUGCCAAG